GAAGCUGCUGACAUCCGUAGUUUCCUAGAAAAACAAACUCAAAGAUCGGGGGAAUUUUCCCUAAGUCCGUAAACUUGAAUAACAAUCGAUUUCGUUCUAAGAUAAUUUAUGCAUGACUCAACCUUCAUCGGGUUUCAGGGAUAUUUUGUAUGAUGUAGCAUUAAGUAUCCACAGCACCGAGGCAUUAAUAAAGAGGACUUCAUGAUCAGCCGAGAGACAAGAACUUCUCCACUGCUUCCAAAAGCGGACUUUGUCGAAAAACUUAGAAUUCUACCAAAUGGGGGGUGGCGAAAGCAGAGUCGAAACCCGUUUUAACUUUGUCGAUACUACCACACAAAUCCUCGAAUUUGCUCGAGAGGCUGAAGAAAGACGACUUGCAGAGGAAAGACGACGAAUAGAAGCAGAAGAACGACGAAGAAUCGAGAAAGAAAGAGAAGACCGAAUUGAAUUUGAACGACAAUGCUACCUAGCGGAGCAAGACGAGAUAAGACGUGCGGAAGAAUUGAGUCUUAUUCUAGAACAGGAACGUUUAGAGCGAGAACGACAGAAAAAAAUAGAACUAGAAACAAAAGCAGCAGAGGAACGCUCAGCACUAUUUAACUACAAACUAGGAAACAGGACUAAAUUCCAAAACGUUCGAAGUUUGAAUCUGAGUAAGCUUCGUAUCGGAGUGUUUGGCCCCACGGGGUCUGGCAAGAGCUGUUUUAUCAAUACUUGUGAGCGUGCAGUUCUGCAGACAGAUAAAGGAUCAGUUCCCAUAGCAACGUCAGGGUCAGAAGGCACCAUCGUUCUCGAGGACUAUCUCUCUCAAAUGUUCUUCAGACUUGUUGAUACUAGAGGGUUCUUCAGCUAUGAUCAUCACGAGGGUAGAGAGAUGACAGAUAUAAUGUAUGGAAGGAUCAAGUCUGGGGAUCCCAUUGGACGGCAGAGAAUUAAACAGAUAUAUAACGAAGGUUCAGAAGAAGUCCCUCUUGAGGAAUGGUUGCAUGGUGUCGUCCUGGUAGUCAAGGCCAAUGAUGUGAGGCUGAGGAAUGGAUCUCUUGAAAUGUAUCUUAAGCCAAUGAGGGAAAUCCUUCAUUCUGUAGGAUUGUCUCCAGUGGCUGUAGUGACGCACAGAGACACCCUUCACACCCAAGAGGAGUGUGACAAUGCUCUCGAGUCAGCUUCAGCUGCUACGGGAAGCUCUCGUAGCCAUACUUUCUUUGUUGCCAACUACUGUCCAAAUAACCCUGGACCUAAUGUUGAAACUGAGCUGGAAAUCUUUGAAAUUCUUCGCGUUGCUUUGUUUAACUCUGAAAAGUACGUUGCGAACGCUAAGCAAAGGAGGAACGAAAAGAUUGAAGUAGAAAUUAAGAAGGCGUUAGAUAGUAAAAUGACCAGAAAACCUCAUGCAAUAGUAACAGAAG